CAUGGUGACUUACGUCACACCCCGAGCACGGAUGUGUGUGUUUUGAGUGUGUGUGUGUGUGUGUCUCUCGGUGGAGUGAGAACGUGUAGAUAGAUGUUCGAAAGGAGUGAGAGAUAGCCUGGAAGUGUACGGAGAUGCACAAGAUUCGAAGAGAGUCACAACAGACAGUUCGCUAUCCGAUUCCUGCACGAUUCACAAAGGAUGUCAACUGAAAAUAACCAUAGUUCAACUUGAGGUACUUAAAAAAAAAAAAGUGAAGAAGAAUAGUAUACAACGUUUACUCUGUCUCAUCUAUGGAGGACCCUACUGUAAUGGAGGAGGGGGUAGAGGACUUGGCCAUUACUACCUCUGUCACCACAUCAAUCCCAUUUGACAGCGUCACCAUGGAGCCAGGCCUGGCCAACGAGGAUGGGGUGGAGGACCAAGCUGUAGCCAUGGCAGACAAGGAUGCAAGCUUAACCAGCAUAGCCAUGGGGUCAUCCACUGACACCAUAACAAACACUGAAGUCAACCUAGCUAUGGCAUCAUCCACACACAGUGAAGCUAACUUAGCAAUAGCUUUUUCCACUGACGCCAUUACAAACAAAGAAGCGAGUGGAACCAUAGCCGUACCCAUGGAUAGUGGGAAAAACCCUGAUGCUAAGCCAGCCAACCCACCCAUAGCAUCAGCAUCUUCAUCACCAGCUGCCACCAUGACAAACAGUGGUGCCAACCCAGCCCUCCCCUCACCAUUCUCAUCAACUGCUGCCAGUGGCACCGCCCCCGGAGGCCUGCAGCCUGAGGAGGGAGGCCUCUCAGCGGUAAGGUCAUGCGGUAGUGUGGGGGUCACUCUGGAGAACAGCAAUGUCUGGAGGGAGUUCCACUGCUGUGGAACCGAGAUGAUCCUCACCAAACAGGGCCGGCGGAUGUUUCCCUACUGCCGCUACCGCCUGACGGGUUUGGAACCAACACGCCGGUACUCCCUGGUCCUGUCAAUCACCCCCGUCGACACAUACCGCCAUCGCUGGAACCUGAAGGAGUGGGAACCCAGUGGUCCUGGAGAACCACACACCCAGGCCUCAUGCCGACUCUUCCCCCACCAGGACUCAUCAGCCCUGGGGAAGGUCUGGAUGGCCAGCCUGGUCUCCUUCUAUAAACUCAAACUGACUAACCACUUCCUGGACCAGGAGGGGCAUGUGUUGCUGCACUCCAUGCACCGCUACAGGCCCAGUUUACACGUGAUCCCCGUCGCAGAUGGAGACGACCUUGGCUUUGACCCUAAGCUGCUUGACCUCCAGCUCCUCAGCCCAGAGGUCAUGACAUUCACGUUCCCGCAAACCGAGUUCUAUGCCGUGACGUCGUACCAGAACACCAGGAUCACCCAGCUGAAGAUAGAUUAUAACCCCUUUGCUAAGGGCUUCCGGGAGGACAGCGGCAGCCUGCGCCUCGCGAAGCCCAGGCCGGAGCAGCCUCAGGCGGGGAAGGGAGAUACCCGCUCCCCUGGUCGUAGCUCUGCUAGGCCCAAUGGUGGUGAGGGGACUGAGCAGAUUGUGACUGUAAACGAUGUGGCGGCUGAUAUCAGCAUGAAGAAACGUUCUCUCCCUACAACUCACCCUGUCGGGGCUGAAAUCUCAGGGAAGUUGAGGAAAGUAGCUCCUGGUACAGGCCCUACAGCAGAUUCAGACGCCAACCAGACUGAUGUGUCUGCCAGUGAGGAGGGGAUGGAUCUGGACGACAGUGACAGUGACCACGUCUUCCACAGGCAGUACCUCCGAGCCCAGCUAGCCCUGCCCUCAGGAGCCUUCAGGCCUGAGAACAGCCCGGGGGCUGGGGGGGAGAGACUGGGAGCUGGGAUGGACCCCUCCAUACAGGCCAGCCUGACUGCUAACCCUCAGAUUUCUACACAGUCUGCUGUGUUACAUACCAACAGCUGUUCAAAGCCUUUAAAACCUUCCACUGUAGAACCAAUGGAGUCUGAGGUUCCGUCCUCACAGAAGGUUCCGCUUAUAGAACCAACCAUGACAGCACCCAUUUUGCUUACAGAAACUCAGGAGGACAAGGCUGUGAGCUUAACCCCUAAAACAUCCAAACCUCAAAAGAUUGCACCCAAGCCUUCUCCUUCUACCCCCUCACCUCUGACCCCCACCGUGUCCCCCUUUGCCGUCCCUAAGCCAUGGAAGAAGGGGCGUAAACCGGGGGGCAAUCGGUGGGGCAGUGCCGGAAAAGUCUUUAAGGGGACUAAGGCGGCGACAGCAGCUGUCACUGCAACCAGCAGCCCGGUACCUGUUGCUAUGCAACCGGAACUGGAUGACGUGGAGGGUCUACUUUUUGUGUCCUUCACUUCCAAGGAAGCUCUUGGUGUCCAUGUGGAGGACAUGCCAUCCAAUAACACGUCACCAGUCACUCAGGCACAGCCAGAGAGAACUGUGGAGAGUGUUGAGGAGAAGAUCGCAGGUCUGCAGACUAUCCUACUGCAAGACCUGAAAUCACUCAAACACAGACAGGUCAUCCACCCUGUCCUACAGGAGGUUGGUCUGAAGUUGAGCUCCCUGGACCCAGGCCUGGCCAUCGAUCUACAGUAUCUGGGGGUGCGUCUACCGCUGCCUCUCCCUGUGUUCACUGGGCUGGGCAACGCUACCUCCACUGAUGGAAGCAGGUCCUUUGUCUCCAGGACGGGGAAGACCAGUGACCUGACCAAGAUCAAGGGCUGGAGGGACAAGUUCAUUAGAAUCAAAGAGUCCUCUAAGAACCACAACCCCAACCGCUCGGCCUUCUGCAGCGAAAUGCUCGACCAAUACCUGGAGAGCGAGGCCCAGCGAAUCAGCGACCGCGCUGCUGCCUUCUCCCACAACCCCCUGGGCUCCGUGGCCUAUCAGCUGCCUGUGACCAGCACCAGCUACGUGCGGACCCUCGACAGCGUUCUGAAGACACGUGCCCCCCCGCCCCCUGCCUUCUGUAGACCCUGCCCUCUCUCUCGGAAACCCCUCCUCUACGCCGCUCUAAAGAAACCCCCUCCACCCAUCAACAACCACAGGACCCCUCCUAAAGCAGCCAAACCCAAACCCACACCAACACAUAGCAAACAGCACCAUAUAACACCACCACAUGGCAAACAGCACCAUAUAACACCACCACAUGGCAAACAGCACCAUAUAACACCACCACAUGGCAAACAGCACCAUAUAACACCAGCACAGGGCAAAGCCAGAUCUGCCUCUGUGCUACGGCCCAUCCAGGUCACCAACUGUAACAAAACUACUACUGCUAAAGCUUCAGCUGGGGUUAAAGUCACCAGCCCUCCUACUGCGCAAAGGUCUCCUCCAGGUCAGGGGGCAGUGAGGAGGGACACCAGCCCAGGAGGAGGCCUCUCCAACGGGUUGACUGGCCUAUCUAAGAACCAGCUCAGGCUGGUUGGUCUCUCUAAGAUCCAGCUGAGAAUGACGGAGAUGGAGGAUGCCACCUUCUACCAAGGACAUGACAGAACACACAUCACUACUGAGAGGGUGGAGAGAGCCCUGAUGGCACUGCUCACUGCGCAGGGUCUUCCUAAGAGCCGUGCCCCCCAGGCCAGCCUAGUGGACGGUCCAGAGUGUGGUUCUGAGUUCUGCAGACUGGGGUGUGUGUGUUCCAGCCUGGCCCGGGUGUCCAGGGGUCCACUCCACUGCUACAGGCCAGACUGUAUGUUGGGCUGCUCCUGCUUUAAACGCAAGAUCACCAAACGGACCACAGCAGCAGAGAACAACCAGCACCAGACACUGCCUGUUUACACGGUGUCUAACGUGGCGCAUGAGGUCCAGCCCAAUCGAGGCAUCCGUGUCUCUACCCUGUGGGACUGCACCUCGGGGGUGGACCCCGAACCUCUCUUCACCCCGAAACCUGCCCCCAACAUACCCAUCAAGCCUCUAACCAGGAUCUACAACCCUGGUCCCAAGCGCUACAUACCUCGUCUCACCCCCGAGCUGCGAGAGGAGGACAAGGACCCAGUCUACAAGUACUUUGAGAGUAUGAUGACGUGCGCCCGCGUCAGAGAGUUCAACAGUAAACCCCCGCCCCAGGUGCUGCCGCCACAGGUCCACCUCUUUAAGGACAGUAAUAGUUCCAUCAUCCCCAGCAGCAGAAAGAAAAUUAUUGCUGCCAUCCUCUCACCUCCAAAUAAACCAGUAGUACGAGGGAAAAGUCCUUCCACCCAGGCCAAGAAGCCUAAAGGUUCUGAGCCCACCAGGCAGCUGGAGAUCCAGUCAGAGUGUAACUGGGACCAGCACCGGAAACUGGUCCUGGGGGUUCUGUGUCGACGCAUGACCCAGAACCGUCUGUCUGAACCCUUCAACAUUGGCCCCUACCAUGUCCGCCUCCUCUCCAACACACACACACGCAAGGCUGAGGGCACCAUCAUCAUAUUCAAGGUCUGCAUCAGUAAGGCUGAAGACGACGAUACCGAUGAUAGUGAUGAAUCCGAUGGUGAAGUCACAGACAACAGUAGUGACGACAGUGAUGAAGAUGAGGAGGAAGAGGGCAUCCCUAAGCCUGAUCCUGAGGAGCCAGAGAUGCAGGUCGGAGUGACUCCCUUCCUGACUGGAGUAGUGCCAGCAGGCAGACUGAAAGCCAGGAAGAAACAACCAACCUGUCCUGCUGUAGGACUCAUCCAGGUGAACGGUAAAUCCUACUCCCAGGCCAGGCUGCUGCUGGGGCAGAUGGGAGCUCUGCACCCGGCCAAUCGGCUAGCUGCGUUCGUCACCGGCAGGUUGCGCUCUGUAGCCAAGGCCCCUCAGAAGGCCUCUCAAAAGCCUCUCAACUGCUUCCCCAGGGCGAAGAAAACACCUGUAGGUGCUGGGCACUUGAAGACCGCAGCCACUGCUGUUGCUCCUCAAGGCAGUAGUAGUGUUACAGCUAUGGCUAUGGCCCAGAAAGUAUUCCAGACACCAGCAGGGAAGAACAGGCUUCCUCCGUACAGACCACCAUGGUCCCUAGGUGUCACCAAAUCUAAAGGUAAAACCUCCACCAGUCAAACCACCACAGACCCUAAAGACCCAGCCGGCUCUCCCCAGCUCCUGGUCCCCAUGGCCCCUCCUCCUGCCCCAGGCACCUCCCAGUGCUCGCCCCCUGGUGUGUCGCCCCCUGCUGGAAAGAAGAUGCUACUACAGACAGUCUCUUCCUCCCAGGGCUGUAAAAUGUAUCGUCAGCCCAACGGACAGUUGAUCAAGCUGGUACCUCUGAAUCAGAUGCGUCACAUAAAGGCAAAUAAUCAAGACAAGACCCCUCGUUCUGCUACUAAGCCGUCCACCCACAAGACACUCCCCCCUCCCCCUCCUCUCACCUCCUCACGCCCCCCUCGCAGCCCCCCUCCCCACGCUCCCCUCAUCAAAUUCAUCAUGGGCCAGUUGGGUGCCAUCACCCCAUCCCAGACCACCUCUUCUUCCUCCCCCUUGUCUCUCACUGUCUCCUCCUCCCUGAAGACCCCCAGCUUCCUGGGCCAGACUGGGACCUACUCCUUCAGGAUCUGUCCUCCGACUGCAGGGGACCAGGGCUCCAAGGGUCUAGGCCAGGGCACCGUGGGAGGCCCAGCUGGAGUGUCCCUGCCUGGUGGCUUCACCCUCAUCCAGCUCCCUAAGCCUGGAGGUACUGGAGGAGGUGCUCCCCGGCUACCUGAACUAAUCAGAACCACAGCCGUGGGUGACACGGUAGCAGCCUUAGCUUCACAACAAGAAGGGCAUCGUCUGGAGACCCAAUCAUCCUCUGGACCUGGAGGGGUAAAGGUACAGAAGAACCAGAGAGGAACCUCUUCUUCCUCUCCCUUGCCUCUAGCAUUGACACCAGUUAAAACAGAAGACCACUCCUACACCCCAGGGUUAAAUACCAAUACAUCUGACUCCAGAUCAGCUCUAGCCCAGAAAAAACUGAGUCUAACUCAGCCAAAGGGCUUUAAAUCUGACCGUAGAUCAGCCAAAUCCAACACCUCUUGUCCUGUGGAGCCCAAUGAGCUGACCUGUGAUGAGCAGAUGCUGUCGGACGAGAGUGAUGCAGAGAGAGGGGAGGUGGGGGAGAGAGGGGAGGUGGGGGAGGGCUCGGGACUAUGGAGCCCAGAAUCAUGGAAGAAAGACACUGAGUUCAGCAGGUUUACCACUCUAAGAAUGCAUGAGAACGGACAUCCUGAUUUUAAGGUCGAGGACUCUGAUUCAGAUUCGGACGACUCCUCGGACGACUCCUCGGACGACUCGGAUUCCGACAGUGAUAAAUACGCCAACGAGGAUGAGGAGGAAGCGGUGGACAUCGAAACGGUGAAGGAGAGGAGACAGGGAAUCACCAUCGCUCAGAUGAGGGCCACUGUCAAACACACACAAAAAAACAGUCAGGAUGGGGAAACGGCACCAAAACCAAAAGAAAAGCAUCAGAGGGAUAAGAGAGAGGAGGAGGGGUCUGGGUCUGGUGAGGGAGGGGGUCGUAAGAACCGCACCCUGACCGAGAGGCUGCGUCGUGGCGAGCACCAGAAGCUCUUCACCAGACUCAAACAGGUGCUGUUCAUGGAAGAACUGGACCCCAAGGUCUCCAAGCUACACCUCCUCUCACAGGCUCUGAAGGAGAUUCGUACCCUGUCGGUGGACUCUGAGUCUCUGGAGGAGAAGAAGAGGAUGCUGACUGAGAUCCAGUCUGUCUAUGUCAAGGAGAUCGCAUACAUGUCUGGAAAGCCAGAGGAGCUGAUCAUGGCCAAGCUGAAGGAGAUCUGGGAGAAGAAACGGACUCUGGCUGCCCAGAGGAGAGCAGCUGUCCCCCCUACCUCCACCUCCUCCUCUACCUCCCAGGUCUCCUCCUCCACUACCUCCACCCCUAGUCCCAUCACCCUGACAGUGUCCCAGGUGUCUCAAGCUAGCUCUCUGGGUCAGGCAGGAGCAGCUAGUGGCUCUGUGAAACCAGUGGCUGCUGUUCUACGCACCAAGAGCGGCAAGAUCAUACUUCCUGCUUCCAUGCUUCCCCCUUCCAUGCUUCGUGCUUCCAAACCAGCAGGAAGAGCGGUCUACACAGUGAAAGUUAUGAAGAGACCAUCAACAGCCAUCUCUCUCUCCAACCCCACCUCCUCAGCAGCCAAGUUGGUUGUGGAGAAGGUGAGAGCUGAGGAAAAGGAGUAUAGGCCCCCGACUAUCCACCCCGCAAAGCCCCUCUCUCAGACACCUGACCCACAGCCCUCUGUGUCUGCCUCUGGCCCUGAGAAGAAGGACCAGGGGAGAGUGUCUGGGGAGGCUGAGAAGCCCUCAGACAGCCCAGCAGAGGAGAGGCCAGAGGUAGGUAAGGAGGAACCACAGGCCCCUGUCUGUAAUGGAUCCAUGGAAGAAGAGACUUCCACAGAGAAGGACAACCGCUCAACUCCAAAAGAGAAGAAGUCACUGAUCAAUAAAAACUCAAUCAAGAGGCUUUCUGGUAUGAAGUGUCCCCUCGUGGAGAUUGCUCCCCUAAACAGUGCCAUCUGGAGGCCGUUGGAGGAACUGCAGAUGGGGGGUGAGAGUGACGCUGGAGGCUGGGGCCUGUCUCUGACCAAGGGAGAGGCAGCCAUACUGGUGAAGGCUCUCUCUGAACACCAGGGCAUAGUAGUGGGGCGGAAGGGAAAGGAUAGCCCGGUCCAACACAAUGGAAAGAAGAGCUCUGUGACACUAAAGGGCAAGAGUAGCUCAGUCACACAGAAAAGAAAGGAUAGCUCAGAACUACAAAAAGAACAGGAUAGCACGGUGUCGCAGAAAGAAGCUGAUCGCUUGGUCCCACAAAAGGGAAAGGAUAGCUCGGUCACACCAAAGAAAAAUGAUAGCUCGAUCAUUCAGAAGGCAGAGGUUGGCUUGGUGACAUCAAAGGAAAAGGAUGGUUUGUUGACACAAAAGGGAGAGGGAGGCUCCACAGACGGCUCAGAGGCUCAACUAGUGAAGAGGAAACGGGGAAGGCCUCGCUUGGACAUCAAAACACCACCAGCUGACAUCAAGACACCACCAGCUGACAUCAAGACACCACCAGCUGACAUCAAGACACCACCAGCUGACAUCAAGACACCACCAGCUGGAGAUAUCACUACUAACCCUGCUCCGCGGGGUCGGCCCCGUAAAGUAUCACGGAUUGGGGUGAAUAGCUCUGUGGCAACGACUGGUGGCAACGACCAGGCCAACGUGACACAAACCGCGGGUAGUACUAGUAACCCUACCCCAGUGUCUAAACCUGGGGGUAUUCUUGUGACUAACACUGGGGGUGGUGAAAUCCAACUAACACCAAGGGAACAUAGCCUUAGCCCUACGAGGCGGGGUAGGCCUCCUAAAGUACGAUGGGUUGGGGUUACUACUAGCCCUGUGGUGACGACUGGACCUGGGGGUAGUACCCCUACCCCAGUGACUCAAGAUGGGGGUAGGCCUGUGAAGAGUGCUGCCGGUAGCCCUGCAACUUUGGGUAGGCCACCCAAGGUGCGGCGAGAUGGUUCUAGUCCGGCCAAGGUGACUAGGGAUGCGGUUACUAGCCCGGCUCCUGUAACUCGGGCAGGGUUGAACCCGGCGAGAUGGACUCGUGCUGGGGGAGGUAGCCCUGUGGUGAAGACUGAGGGCAGCCCAUCCAAACCUCCACGAGGAGGAGCUGAGGUUAAUAGCCCUGUAGCCAUGACUAAAGGAAGCACAGGUAAAACGCCACAGGCUGUGGGUCGGUCUGGAACACGACAUGUGACCCGCGCUGUAGCGGUGAAGGGCCCUGUCAGUGGGAAGAGGACGACAAGGUCUGAUAAGGCCUAGUGAAACUGAGACUAAGGCUGCAUUUCCACACGGUUUCCAUUGGUUCAUCUCGAUACUGUAGUAGUCUAAAAUGGCGUCCUCCCCUUGUUUUCUCUCCUUCCACUCCAAUGACGCUGCGUUUCAGCCUAGCUCCAACCACAGGAGCAAGAGAAUCAUACUCCUAACAGACGUGCCGUUAACUGUCAUUAAAGCUAGAAUCCUUAGUUGCUGCAUCCAUUUUUUGACUUAUAAAUGUAAGAUGUAUACCCAUUGAUUCUA